CAGGUGAAACCACAUUCCACUACUAUUAAUGAGGUUCUCUGAGAACGGUAAAAUAUGUAUAUAAAGGCCUAAUCUCCACUCAAAGUAUUAUAAGUUUUUAUCAUCGUGAGUAUUUAUACCUUCCAAACUACUACAGCUACGAACAUCCCACUCUUCAAAUCGCCCUAUCAACGUAUCCCUUCCUCACCCGUAAGCGCCAAAACAUAAGCAAAAUGGUGAAGAUUCAGGGAAAAGAGGUCGGAGAGACUGGAUAUGGGCUUAUGGGAUUCACAAUGCCUCAAAAGCUUAUAGAGCAUGAGCAAGCUUUCCAGGCCAUGAAGGCUGCCCUCGAAGCAGGAGCGACUUUUUGGAAUGGCGGCGACUUCUACGGCACGCCCGAUUACAACUCCUUGCAUCUCGUUGCCGCCUAUUUCACAAAGUAUCCUGAAGAUGCCGACAAGGUCGUACUCUCUAUAAAAUCGGGGUUCAAGACCGGUUUUGAGAUCGAUGGUAGCCCAGAAUACGUCCGCAAUCGAGUUAAUAACGCCAACAAGAUCCUGGCAGGCACGAAGAAGAUUGACAUCUUCGAGUAUGCUAGAGUACCAACUAAUGUUGAUUUCUUCAGUGUGACGCUCAAAGAGCUACAGAAGUGUGUGGAGGAGGGACUCAUUGGAGGCAUUGGCAUCAGUGAAGUCACAGCGGCUACUAUCAAAAAAAGUGCAGCAGUCACAAAGAUUGACGCCGUGGAAGUGGAGUUGAGCUUAUGGUCGACGGAUAUCUUGACAAAUGGUGUCGUGGAAGCCUGCAGCGAGGCCAAUAUCCCUGUUAUUGCAUAUUCGCCGCUUGGACGUGGGAUGCUCACGGGCCAGAUCAAGUCUGCAGAUGAUAUUCCAGAGGGCGAUUUCCGUAGGAGGUUCCCGCGUUUCCAACCGGAGAACUUUCACCACAACAUCGAGCUAGUUCAGCGACUCGAGGAGGUGUCCAAGAGAAGUGGAUGCACACCUGGACAACUUGCGAUUGCAUGGGUUAGGCAGGCAGGAAAGACAGUCAAGGGAAGCCCUCAGAUCCUGCCCAUUCCGGGAGCUACCAAGAAGGAGAGAGUGGACGAAAAUUGUAAGACCGUCACGCUGGACAAGACUGCACUGGCGGACAUUGAGAAGAUAUUGGCUGAGGUCACAAUUGUUGGCGCAAGGUAUCCGGCGCAGGUACCGAUUGAAGGAUAGGAAGCAUCAGGACUGGCACUGGUUCCAUUAUGAUCGUGGUAAUAUAUUUCCAUAUGGUAGUAUUUAGAGCAUUGUAAUUUAAUAUCGUG